CGAAAAGGAUCCGAGGAGAUGAACAAAGAAAGGCAAAGCAUUCAUUUGAAGAAUGGCCGCCUCGGAAUCGCUGUCAGCGCAGUGCUUCAGUCUUUUGGAUGGAACGAAUUCGCAUUUAUCUAUUCCAACGCGGGAGACGCGCAAAAGUGCGAUGUUAUGCGGACCGACAUCCAGAAUGCUAUUGCAAGAAGUGAUGGAAUAGACAUCAGUAUUAUGGCGGAAAUCCCAAGCGUAACGGACGCAUUUUUGUCGCGAACUCUAAAGAACUUACAAACUGCUGCCUACGAUUAUUGCUCGCCCUGCGGGCGAAUCUCAGCUACAUUGUAUGACAAUUUCAACACAUCAUGGGAGUUUUUAGUUCAGCUGGAGCGGAGAUAUGGAAAAUAG